AUGCAGUCGCGGAAGCCUACUCGUGUUUGGGUCGAUGGGUGCUUUGAUAUGGUGCAUUUCGGGCAUGCCAAUCUCGUUCGACAGGCCAAGUGUUUGGGUGACUAUCUCAUUGCAGGCAUCCACAGUGAUGGUAAAUUGACCAUUUCGUUACGAAUUUCAGAGGAAAUCACGAGGCACAAGGGACCGCCUGUGUUCACCCAGGAAGAGCGCUAUAUUCUAUUAAAGGCCAUUAAAUGGGUUGAUGAGGUCGUCAAGGAUGCCCCUUACAUGACACAAUUGGAGGUCCUACAGGGCCAUAACUGUGACUUCUGCGUUCACGGAAAUGACAUCUCUGUCACUGAGGAUGGAUCUGAUGCCUACGAGAUCGUUAAAAAAGCCGGAAAAUAUGCGGAGGUUAGCCGAACUGAAGGCAUAUCAACAACCGAUCUUUUAUACCGAAUUCUACGAGCAACCAGACACUUUAAGGCAAGGAACUCGAAUAUGGAAAACGGCUCUGGUGACUCGGAGACGUCUCCCAUCUCCACUUACACAUCAGGCAUCACGCACUACAUGCCCAACGCUCUGCGUGUAGCUCAAUUCAUGUCACCAGGCAGUGGCACCGCGGUUGGCGACAGCUCGUCCUUGGAAGGAAUCCGAGCCCACAGGGCCGGCGAGCGCGUGGUCUAUGCUCCCGGCGCGUUUGACCUCAUGCAUGUCGGUCAUGUGAAAUUUCUCGAGAAGUGUCGCCAGUUGGGCACCUACCUCAUUGUUGGUCUUCACUCAGAUAAGACGGCAGCAUUGGAAGCUGGUCGAAUAGGACCUAUCCUCAACAUGGAUGAACGAUUUCUUUCCCUAUUGGCUUGUCGAGUCGAUGUGGUAGCUGUUGGGAUGCACUCCGAGGACGAUCCCACCUCCGCGGACGACCCAAUGGCGAUCCCACGAAGACGCGGAAUUUUUCGCAAAAUUGACAGCUGCUCGGACGUCACGACGCGUCAAGUGAUUCACAGGAUCAUCGCAAAUCAGGCCUACGUGAAUCGAAAUCGAUCCAAGGAGGCGCGAGAAGCGGAAGCCAUCGCUCGCAGUUUGACCAAUUCCAGUCUCUACUAA